CACGUGCCUGCACUACAAUCUUCAUAAAAAGUGGAUAUUUAAAGAAAUUUAAAUCAUUUUAUAUUAACCAGAUAAUUCGAGUUUAAAGAUGUCUACUAAUAUUCAACGUCCACGAUUGUAUAUGGAUGAGCACAAGUUAAAACAGGAUCCGCAUGAUUACGGACUCGCUGACGAGCCCUUCAAUUUAGAAACGUUUAAGAAAAAAUUUCAAAUCGUUGUUGUAAAAUAUGAUGGGAAUGAAAUGGAAUUUGAUAUGAUCGGAGUUCAUCCAGGUAUAGCAAAUGCUUUCCGUCGUCUAAUGCUUAGUGAAGUACCCAGUAUGGCUAUUGAAAAAGUGUACAUAUACAAUAAUACAUCUAUAAUGCAGGAUGAAGUAUUAGCCCAUCGUCUUGGUCUUAUACCACUUCGUGCAGAUCCUCGUCGUUUUCUAUAUAAGACAGAGGAAAGUGGUGAUCAAGGAAAUGAACACGAUACUUUAGAAUUCGAAUUAAAAGUAAAGUGUACAAGACGUAAAGAUGUAAAAGAUUCUUCAAAUUUCGACACAAUCUAUAAAAACCACAAGGUCUAUUCCGGUCAAAUAAAAUGGCUACCAAAAGGGAAACAAUCGCAAAUUUUCAGUGAAACAGAUGUGGGUUGCAUACACGACGAUAUACUCAUAAAUCAACUACGUCCUGGUCAUGAACUAGACCUGCGCUUAUUAGCUGUCAAAGGCAUUGGAAAAGAUCAUGCAAAGUUUUCACCUGUAGCCACGGCGUUCUACAGAUUGUUACCUGAAAUCAAGUUAAACCGUAGAAUAGAAGGCAAAGAAGCAUUUCUUUUACAGAAGUGCUUUUCCCCCGGUGUAAUUGGCAUUGAUGAAAAUGACUGUGCAUAUGUUAAAGAUGCUCGUUAUGAUACUUGUAGCCGCAACGUGUAUAGAUACCCUCAGUUGGAAAACGCAGUAACAAUGUCUCGAGUUCGCGAUCACUACAUUUUUAACGUUGAAUCAGUUGGAGCUCUUAAACCUGACGUGAUUUUCAUUGAAGCAGUAAAAGUAUUGAAAGAGAAAUGCCGGAAGUUUUUGGAGGAAAUUGAAGCGGCGUAGAGGACAAAUAACUAUAUUUCUUACUUACCUAAUCGAAAAAUAAUAAACAUAUUAUUUGUUUUUAAAAUAUAUCGUGAAAUAAAAUUAAAUUUCCAAAUAAAAUUAA